AUGCUUGUACAGGCAUUACCGGAGGCAUUGUAUUUUGAGAACGGCGUGGGCAACACUCCUUUGGAGAUUGCCACCGCGAAAUUCCUACUUUCACAUAUCCAAGAACUGAAGGCUCAGGUCAAUAUGCUGAAUAACUACUACGUUUUGUCUACUCUUCCCACAUGUGAGGUGGAAAAACUCGAAGAUCAGAUCCCAAAGCUACGCAAAACAAUUGCAAUAUUGAUUGAGGAUAAGAAACUUACGAAGGAUUCGACGCCUGAAACAGAAUUUUCAGCAUUUGCCAGAUAUAUGGAGACUCAGAUUGCGAGCGCGAAACCCGAGUACGAAGCCAAGAAAAAGCACGCGGAAGAAAAGGCAAACAAGGCAAAGCGAGAGGAGGAAGAGGGGAAGAAGAAAGCCGGAGAAGAGGGUUCGUACAAAGGGUUCCGCACCCAGGAGAACUCUGACGCCAAGAAAAUGUUCAAGUAUGUGAAGCAGGCCGUUGGUGCCAAUCCUGGGACUGAAGGCUGGUUCUGUUAA